UCUCUCCUCAGUACCACAGUGAGUGAGCCAAGAGUCAGGAGUGUCUUGUCUGUCUAUGGGAUCUUGGAUGCUGUGAAUGUGCUUGUAGAGCCACCUGGUACCAAGCGGUGGUCACAUCCAGUCCAGAGAUCCAACAGAAUAGCAUCCACAUCAGCAGUACCAGCCGGUGUUUGCUUCCCUGAGGAUUCUUCCGGAUUUUCACCAUGCGCCUGGAAGAAGUCGGGAGGCUUCAGCAUUCAUUUGAACAAAUCCAUGAUGGGGCCUAUUUUAUAGAAAGUCACCAAGAAGACAUGGAUAUAGAUAAUAAUACUGAAAAAUAUCUUAGCUGUCAGCAGCCACUGGAAUCCAAAGUAAAAAUAAUACAACGGGCAUGGAGAGAUUACCUUCAGCGUCAGGAUUCCAUGAAUACAAACUGUAUGGAAAAGCGCAGUCCAUCCCCUUCUUCUAUGUCCUCAGACAAACUGAGCAGCUCUAUCAGUAUGAAUACAUUUUCAGAUGGCAGCACUCCUGACUACAGAGAGGAUGGCAUGGAUUUAGGCAGCGAUGCUUGUAGCCGCUCUAGUUCCGAAUCCAGCUCCAACAAAGUGACCCCUUGCUCAGACUGUAAGUCCUCCCCCAGCCUGGAUCUGGCUGCCCUGGAGGAUUAUGAGGAGGAGGAGGAGGACUUUAUGGUGGACAAGGUGAGCGACGAGUGGGAGGAUGAAGACGAGGAAGAAGAAGUCGGUGGCGACGAUGGCUUUCCUAAGGACAAUUGUUUUUCAAGGACUGUCACGGCCAGGAGUUUGGCAGAAGAGUUUGAGGACAUUAAAGGUGGUCAUCUGACUGCUACCAAUGGGAACCCCUCUCAUCGGCACAAAUUAAAUGGAAACUUAGUAACUGGGAGACCCCCAAGUAGAGGAAAGCACAGCCCUCCCAAACCUCAGAGUAACUCUGUCCGAGGGCCUCCGCUCAACUCAUUUGUUGGUUCAGGAGGAGUCAUGAGGGAGGAACCCCAGCUUCCCACCAUGGAUUGGGAGGCCUUAGAGAAGCACCUUGCAGGACUCCAGUUCCAGGAACAAGAGUCCAGGAACCAAAAACAAGCAAGAUCCAAUUACACAUCGGCUCAGAAGAAUGAAAGAGAAUCCAUCAGGCAAAAGUUGGCACUGGGAAGUUUUUUCGAUGAUGGCCCUGGACUCUAUACCAGCUGCAACAAAAGUGGAAAGCCAAGUCUGUCUUCCAGGCUCCAAAGUGGGAUGAAUUUACAGAUCUGUUUUGUAAAUGACAGCGGGAGCGACAAGGACAGUGAUGCUGAUGACAGCAAAACGGAAACCAGCCUGGACACCCCAUUAUCCCCAAUGAGCAAGCAGAGUUCUUCUUACUCAGACAGAGACACCACUGAGGAGGAGUCUGAAUCCUUUGAGGACAUGGAUUUUAUCUCCCGACAGAAGAAACUGCAAGCUGAAGCCAAGAUGGCAUUGGCUAUGGUGAAACCCAUGGCCAAGAUGCAGGUGGAGGUGGAAAAGCAGAAUCGGAAAAAGUCUCCUGUUGCAGAUCUUUUACCACACAUGCCGCACAUUAGUGAAUGCUUGAUGAAGAGAAGCCUGAAGCCUACUGACCUGAGGGAUAUGACCAUUGGUCAGUUACAGGUCAUUGUGAAUGAUCUUCACUCUCAGAUUGAAAGCUUGAAUGAAGAGCUAGUUCAGCUUCUCCUUAUCCGUGAUGAAUUGCACAUGGAACAAGAUGCAAUGCUUGUAGAUAUUGAAGACUUGACAAGACAUGCUGAAAGUCAGCAGAAGCACAUGGCAGAGAAAAUGCCAACAAAAUAAAGCAAAAAGCCAUUGAACAUUAGGAACAAGCUAAACUUUUAUUUUGCUUUUGUGGUUGUCAAAAUGCUGAUGCUCAAGAUGAUACACAAGAAAAAUCAGUGUUAGUCUUUGAUGAUGUCUGAAGCUUUUUGUCCAGUGAUUUGGCCUCUGCUUCCUAAUUUAUUUUAACUUUUUACUUGUGCCACUUAAUACCCGGCAUUUUAUUAAGAAUCUAUAUAUGUACAGUACUUAUUCCAUUACAGACUAUGGAUGAAGAGACAGAUAAUAGUUACAAAUUGUAUUUAUUUUUUUCAUUUGCAAAUAUUUUCAGUUGAUCAGUAUUUUACCUAUAACUACCUUUUCUUCUCCUUCACUGUAGUUCUCAAACACAAAAGUUAUUGACGGUGCUAAACAAGUCAACAACUACACACCUGCCUCAUCGUAAAAUUGUAGCCUUCUGUAUCUUGUAUAAUUCAAUCAGUUGUCAACAUUUUGUGAAUGUUGAUUAUCUGACUUCCAUUUUUAGAUGUGCUAUUGUAUUAUUUAACUGGAAUAAAAGGAAAGGUCACAUUCAAAGGUUUUAUGUAUAAAGAUGUAAAAUAAACUUUAAACAUGU